AUGAUAAAAUUCUUUUGCAAUCAAAUCAUAAAAUCUCAAACUAAGGAUUAUUUGGAUAGAUAAUUUGUAAUAGUUAAAGAACUUGCAAGUGAUACUAAUGGAGCUAUCUAUGAGGCAAAAGGAUAAUCAUCAUCUUAUCGCUCUAAUGUUGCCCUUAAAAUAUCAUAUAAUAUGAAAGAGCAAGAAGAAAAGUAUGUUGAUUGGCUGAUUUAAUAAUAAGCUAAUAAUACUCAAUUGAUAAAAUUCUAUGAGAAAAUUGAACAAAAAUAAUAUAAACUUACAAUAAUGGAAUUAGGUGUUUGUAACUUAUAUGAAUAUUUAAAAGCAAAUAAAAAGUCAAAUUCUGACAAGUUUAAGAUAUUUAUCUAAGUAUUUUAGUCAUUUAUAACAAAUAGACGCUAAAAGCCAUUAAAUAUUUAAAUGAAAAUGAUUAUAUUUGUGAAGAUAUCAAGACUAAAAAUUAUGUACAAGUAUAGAAUACUUUUAAACUAACUGGCUCUGGUUAUAAGAAAAGGUUAUAAUUAAUGAACCAGCAAUUUUCUAAUAAUUAAAGUUAAAAAAUUUAUGAUUUUGGGCCUUUGAUUUAUUUGUUUUUUGAGAUUUAUCUAGGAGAAUAGUUUUUUUAAGGUUUUAUAUUACAUUAAUUUUAGUGUAAAAUGCAUCAGAAAUCAAUGGCAUAAAGUAUGAUUGGAUGUCUAAGUUACCCCUCAAUUAACGCUAAGAUAUCACAGAGUUAAUUAGAUAAUUAUUGAAAGACCCAGAUGGAUUAAGCUAUGAAUAAGCUUAUUAAAAGUAUACCAACCUAAAAUCUUUUUUUACAGAAAAAAAUGAAUUUAAAAGCUAAGUUGAACCUCGACAAAGUUAAUAGCUUCCGAAUGGAAAUUAUACAAAAUCUUCUGUCAUUUAAGUUUUAGAUGUUCCAACAAAUGAAUUUCCUAAACGAAAAUUUAUUUUGACACAUUAGCUAGGGGUAGGAGGAGAAGGAGUUGUUUUUAAAGCAACACCAAUAAAUUAAACUGCUUAUUAAACUGAUGUUGCUGUAAAAAUUUAAAAUUCAAUUAAAAAUAAUGAGCUAAAUUUUAUUUAGGAUCUGAUUAGAUACUAAAGAAACGUAGAACCAUAGUCUAUUAAGAAAAGUAAUUUGAUUAAACUUCAUGAAUUAUAUUAGUUGAAUAAUAAGCUAUUGAUAGUUAUGGAACUUGGAGGAAAAAAUUUGUAUAAUUAUUUAACAGAUAAAAAGUCUUCAACAGAUAACGAAAAGUUAUAAAUAUGUUAAUAAGUAAGAUUCAUUUUGAAAUAAAUUAGAUUACCUAGGGUAUUGCUUUUCUUCAUGAAAAAGAAAUUUUUCAUAGAGAUAUUAAGCCAGAAAACUUUAUUUAAUGUGGUAAUAUAUUCAAAUUAAUUGAUUUUGGUUUAAUCAAAAACAAUGGUCAAAAUACAAGAUUAACAAAAAUGGUUGGAACUCCUCUAUACUAGGCUCCAGAAGUGAUCACGGGAUCUGAUGAUUAUUCAUCAUCUGUUGAUAUAUGGUCCUUAGGAUGUCUAUUUUAUGAGAUUUUCAAAUAUGAACCGCUAUUUAAUUGUAUUAAUCUAAAUUAAAUCUAAAGGCACUACUAUAGAUCAAGUUAAAAAAGCAAUUGAACUACAUUGCAAGAACCAGGAUAGCCUCAAUAAUCAAAUAGAUUAAUUAUAAAUCAAAUAGGAAUUAAAAAAUCUUAUUAAAGAAAUGGUUCAUCCAAUCCCACAUAUGAGACCAACAAUUAUAACAGUUUUAAAAUAAAUCUAACCACCAGUACCCAUAACAUAAUCAAUUAUACCUAAAAACCCAACCUUAGAAUAGUUCUAGCCAUAAAAAGCAAAAGGGUUAGAAGAAAUUAAACUACAGAGCGCAAUAAAAGAUUAUUUGAUAUCUUUAAUGAAGAAGUCAAACCAUUCUAUUGGAGGUUUAAUAGCAAAAGAUUAAGAAGAAAUGAUUUAAACAAUUUCUAAUCAAACUAUUACAAAUUUAAAUAAGGAGCUAGAGAAUUAGUUAAAAACAAAAUAAAUUAAUUUUAGUAAAAAGUUGGCCACUAAAAUCUAAAUGAUCCCUCCUGAACAUUAUCAGAAUAAGACAGUAGAUGAUGAUCAACCUAAUUUUGAUUCCGAAAUUCAGGGAAAUCAUUCUAAAAUCUAACCUAAUAUCUUAGGCAAUAAUAAAUAAAAUAAAAUAAUGUAAAAUGGAUUAGAGAAAUCUGUGAUAAAUCCUUAGCCUAAAUAUUGA